AUGGACUCGCAAGUAAAUACAGGAUCCGCGGCUAGUAGAACUGGAGGAAAGAAAGUGAAGCCACCAAACCGCACUUGGACCAAAUUUGAAGAUGUAGCUCUAGUUGAGGCUUUGACUGAAAUUUGUCAAGCUGGGAGCUGGAAGGCUAACAAUGGAUUCAAGGCUGGUUAUCUAGGAGAAUUUGAAAGAAUUAUACAACGGAAACUACCAAGUUCUGGCUUGAAAGCAGAUUCCCACAUUGUGUCUCGUGUGAAGACACUAAAGAAACAAACACUUGCCAUCUCUGAAAUGAUAACUAACUCAAGUGGUUUCUCAUGGGAUCAUGAGAAUAAAAUGAUAAGUCACAAAGAUGCAAAAGGACUAAGACUUAGACCAUUCAUUCAUUAUGAUCAUUUGGUUGAAGCUUUUGGAAAAGAUCGAGCCAAUAGGUUGAAAACUGAAGGACUUGCUGAAGUGGAAGAAAAUUUGAACAAUGAUGAUGAAUCCCUUGAUCUUGAAGGAGAUGGCCUGGCUGAAGAUGUUGUUCCUACACCUGCCACUCACACACCUUCUGCUCCUAGUGCAACUCAAACUAGAAAGCGACCAAGGGACGCAUAUUAUCAAUGCUUAGGUGACAUGGCUAGCACACUACGUUCUUUUGUCGAUGUGACAAAGACACAUUUGGAGACUAUGAAAGAAGUAUUGUUGAAAGAAAAUUCAACAUCUAUGAAAAGAGGUAAACUUGUCGAAGAGCUUAUGAAAAUUGAUGGUAUGAAUGAUUUGCUUGUGCUUGAUGCUGCUACUAAUAUUAUUAAAGAUGACUCCAAAGUUGAGCUCUUUUUCAGCCUACCUGACAAUCUAAAGGGCCAAAUGGUUUAUAACCUUCUUAACCCAUAG